UUUCUCCCAUUCACAUACUCAUUCAUGCAGUUCCCUCAGACAAGAAUUAUUUUUUUCUUCUUAGCAAAGUCAUCCUGUAACUUAAAUGCCAAUCCUUGUAAGAAGCCCUUCCCAGAAGCCCUCCUCCCCUCCCACAGUACUUUAUGUAUCUAUAUAGAAACUUCUGCAGUUCAAAUGGGCAAGUUAUUUGCUUUAUCAAUAGAAAAAUACAAAUAAUAUUACAGGCUGGGUUCCCAGGAAGCACACUCUUACAUGACUAGUGUGCAGGAGAUUUAUUAGGGAAUGCUCUUGGGAUCAUCACUUGUGGGAGGGAAGAAAAGCUGAACUGGGCAGAAGAAGUUGGACUUCAGUGAAGUCUCAAUGGAAUGCCUUAGCUGAUCCUGCAAGUUGUUCUGCAGGAGGAGAAAAUCCAUCAGAAUUGUACCAAAUGGAGGUGAGAGGGCUGAGCCUUUUAUCCUUGCAUUGAUCAGUCACUGGAUGUGGCCUCUCUGAGAACAUUAUGACUCUGUGACACUGGCGUGCCUGAAAGGGGCUGACAACCGAUGGCUGGCUGUGGGUAUGACUCUUGGCAGCAGCAGCUCUGUUCUUUAUUCCUGAAGUGGGGUCUGAAAAGUGCAUCUCAAGGCCUACCACAAAUAGUAUAUAUCUCAUAGGAUUGUCAGAAGCCUAAAAUAGGGUAACAUAGAAAAGUACACAGCAUUUGGCCUGGCACAUAGGAAUCAAAAGCAUGCUAAGUAUGGUUAUUAUAAUAGAAUUUGGCUCUAUAAGUAGAAAGAGCAAGGUAGGGAAACGUAUUUAUUUUUGUAUCUCUAGUCUUAGUAUAGGGCACUAGUAUGUUUUAUCUUUCCUUUUUUAUUUUUGAGACAGUCUUGCUCUGUCGCCCAGGCUGGAGUGCAGUGGCACGAUCUCGGCUCACUGCAACCUCCACCUCCCGGGUUCAAGCAAUUCUCCUGCCUCAGCCUCCCAAGUAGCUGGGAUUACAUGGGAUAACAGGCGUGUGCCACCACACCUGGCUAAUUUUUCUAUUUUUAGUAGAGAUGAAGUUUCGCCAUGUUGGCCAGACUGGUCUUUAACUCCUGACACCUCAGGUGAUCUGCCUGUCAAGGCCUCCCAAAGUGGUGGGAUUACAGGCUUGAGACACCGCACCCGGCCUCCCCCACCCCCGUUUUUUUUUUUUUUUUUGACAUACUGCCACCCAGAAACACUAGUAUGUUCAAUAAAUACCUGAUGUGUUAAUAUAAAAACAUGUAACCCUUUUUCUUGAAGUAGAUGUUACUUUGAGUUGAACUCAAAGCUAAAAUACAAAACACCAUUUAAAACAUUUAAUAACUUUUAUUAGCAACAUAAAAGAAGGCACAACACGUAUCCACUUGCCCGAAAAAAAAAAUAGUGUUGCAAAGGAAAACAAAAGUAAUGAAACAGCACUGGACAAUUGUCAAAGAAGAGCCCCAGUUAAUGGCUUCUACCACUGGAUUUUAUAUUUUUGGAACAUAAUCUUUAUAGCCACGGAAUGAGGUUUAGCUGUUUUUGCACAGCUCAUAAAUGAUGAAGUUAUUUAUCUUCAUUAAUGUGUGUUGGGCUUUAUUUUCCUACAUGCUCAAUAUAGUUGGUAGAUCUGUUUUGAUAUUACUGAGCACUGCUUUGUGCCAGACACAAUUCUGGGGAUACAGCAAUGAGCAAAGCAGUUUACUAAGUCCCUGCUUUUAAAAAUUUUACAUUCCUGGUGGUGAGGAUACUGACAAAUAAAUAAGCUCUGGAAGUUGUAACUGUUAUGAAGAAAUAAAAGCAGGUGAAGAGUUAAAGCAAUGGUGCAGGUGUACUUUUUUUGGAUACAGUGGUCUGGGCAGCCCUCUGAGAAGGGACCUGAAAUAUGCAUCGAACAUCGACGAGUUAAAAAAAAUCUGGAGGAAAUGUUCUGCCAGAGAAAUCGGCAAGCGCAAAGGCCCGAAGUGGUUCGAGCCUGCGUGUUGUGGUACCAGCCAGAAAGCCAGAGGUGAACGAGGCGAGGCAGAAGCAUGAUCAUAAAUACAUGUAUGGAUGUUCUCCUGGCUUGAGACCACAGUGCUAAGGGAGGUGGGGUUUACAAAUCUCUCAGGAGGCCACAAAGGGCAGGAUGAAGCCCAUUUCCAAUGGCGGAGCUACGAGGACGCCUUUCCUCUGCUAGGGCCAGGUUGGAUGGUUGCAAGGGAUGGACUGCAACCCGCCCUCGGAAGACCAAACUUCGCCCAGGGGCAGGGACUGGCCGGGGAGGGCCUCGGCGGCGCCCGACCCGCGGGCGCUGCACGGGCCGCGGUUACCAGCAGGCGGUGUAGUGAGCGCGCCUGCAGCAGCAGCAACACCAGCAGCAACAGCAGCAGCAGCGGUCGCCGCCGCCGCCGCCCGCCAGUCCCAACGAGGAGAAAGGAGGGGACCGGAAGGAGCCGCUGGUGCUGCGGGAAGUGGCAGGAGCGGGAGGCGGGGACCCACCUGGAAGCGCCGCGGCGCCGCUAUCGAGCUUCUUGCAGCGGUGGCCACCCGAGCAAGUGCCGUGGCGGGGGCGGAGAGCGGCCACGGCGGCGGCGCCUCCCCAAGUGGCCCGUUGCGUCCGACCCCGCGUGAAAGUUAUCAGAGACUAUUACAGACGAUUGCUGUACUCGAGGCUCAGCGUUCUCAAGCAGUCCAAGACCUUGAAAGUUUAGGCAGGCACCAGAGAGAAGCACUGAAAAAUCCCAUUGGAUUUGUGGAAAAACUCCAGAAGAAGGCUGAUAUUGGGCUUCCAUAUCCACAGAGAGUUGUUCAAUUGCCUGAGAUCGUAUGGGACCAAUAUACCCAUAGCCUUGGGAAUUUUGAAAGAGAAUUUAAAAAUCGUAAAAGACAUACUAGAAGAGUUAAGCUAGUUUUUGAUAAAGUAGGUUUACCUGCUAGACCAAAAAGUCCUUUAGAUCCUAAGAAGGAUGGAGAGUCCCUUUCGUAUUCUAUGUUGCCUUUGAGUGAUGGUCCAGAAGGCUCAAGCAGUCGUCCUCAGAUGAUAAGAGGACGCUUGUGUGAUGAUACCAAACCUGAAACAUUUAACCAAUUGUGGACUGUUGAAGAACAGAAAAAGCUGGAACAGCUACUCAUCAAAUACCCUCCUGAAGAAGUAGAAUCUCGACGCUGGCAGAAGAUAGCAGAUGAACUGGGCAACAGGACAGCAAAACAGGUUGCCAGCCGAGUACAGAAGUAUUUCAUAAAGCUAACUAAAGCUGGCAUUCCAGUACCAGGCAGAACACCAAACUUAUAUAUAUACUCCAAAAAGUCUUCAACAAGCAGACGGCAGCACCCUCUGAAUAAGCAUCUCUUUAAGCCUUCCACUUUCAUGACUUCACAUGAACCGCCGGUGUAUAUGGAUGAAGAUGAUGACCGAUCUUGUUUUCAUAGCCACAUGAACACUGCUGUUGAAGAUGCAUCAGAUGACGAAAGUAUUCCUAUCAUGUAUAGGAAUUUACCUGAAUAUAAAGAACUAUUACAGUUUAAAAAGUUAAAGAAGCAGAAACUUCAGCAAAUGCAAGCUGAAAGUGGAUUUGUGCAACAUGUGGGCUUUAAGUGUGAUAACUGUGGCAUAGAACCCAUCCAGGGUGUUCGGUGGCAUUGCCAGGAUUGUCCUCCAGAAAUGUCUUUGGAUUUCUGUGAUUCUUGUUCAGACUGUCUACAUGAAACAGAUAUUCACAAGGAAGAUCACCAAUUAGAACCUAUUUAUAGGUCAGAGACAUUCUUAGACAGAGACUACUGUGUGUCUCAGGGCACCAGUUACAAUUACCUUGACCCAAACUACUUUCCAGCAAACAGAUGACAUGGAAGAGAACAUCAUUUACUAGUCCUCUUCAACACAUAGCAAUGGUAUCAUUGUUAAUUAUGUGCACAGUUUGGAAAGAUUCUCUGCUUUCCCAGAAAUGACACUCACAGCAUGAGAGCUUCCUGAGUGUUCUCGUCAAGUACAGCUCUGCACCGUUGUGGCUCUAGAUCACUGUUCAGCAGCUGAACAUUCCUGGUGAGCAAAGGGUUUCCCUGGUGAAUUUUUCACCACUGCGUUUUAGGUGGUGAUCUUAAAUGGGUGAGAUGGAACGAGAGCACACAUUAAAGAGAGAGUAAAUUCCAAAGGUUUCAAAGAACUUGGUCAUAAAUAUGAUAAUGAGAAGACAAAGUAUUUAUAUUAAAACAGUUUAGUAGCCUUCAGUUUUGUGAAAAUAGUUUUCAGCACAGAAACUGACUUCUUUAGACAAAGUUUUAACCAAUGAUGGUGUUUGCUUCUAGGAUAUACACUUUAAAAGAACUCACUGUCCCAGUGGUGGUCAUUGAUGGCCUUUAGUAAAUUGGAGCUGCUUAAUCAUAUUGAUAUCUAAUUUCUUUUAACCACAAUGAAUUGUCCUUAAUUACCAACAGUGAAGCACUACAGGAGGCAACUGUGGCAUUGCUUCCUUAACCAGCUCAUGGUGUGUGAAUGUUAUAAAAUUGUCACUCAGAUAUAUUUUUUAAAUGUAAUGUUAUAUAAGAUGAUCAUGUGAUGUGUACAAACUAUGGUGAAAAGUGCCAGUGGUAGUAACUGUGUAAAGUUUCUAAUUCACAACAUUAAUUCCUUUAAAAUACACAGCCUUCUGCCUCUGUAUUUGGAGUUGUCAGUCCAACUCAUCAAAGAAAACUGCCUAAUAUAAAAAUCAUAUAUAUGGUAAUAAUUUCCCUCUUUUGUAGUCUGCACAAAAUCCAUAAAAGAUUGUAUUUUUAUUACUAUUUAAGCAAGUGAUUAAAUUUAGUCUGCACAGUGAGCAAGGGUUCACAUGCAUUCUUUUAUACUGCUGGAUUUUGUUGUGCAUCAUUUAAAACAUUUUGUAUGUUUCUUCUUAUCUGUGUAUACAGUAUGUUCUUGAAUGAUGUUCAUUUGUCAGGAGAACUGUGAGAAAUAAACUAUGUGGAUACUGUCUGUUUAUAUUAUAGAA